CUGAUUAGAUUUCAAUCGGAUCUGAUAACAGACAAGAGCUCCAAUUCCAAUUGAUUUAAUGUCUUCCAAUAGCAACCACCGGACCUCCGAGUCGAUACCCCAAAAUCGACCGAUCGCUCGGAGAAAGCGGAAACCUUUGUCCUGCUCUCUCUGCAGGCGACGGAAACUCGCAUGCGACCGUGAGUAUCCGUCCUGUGGUCGAUGUCAGAAGACCGGAAACAUUGCUUUUUGCUCGUAUGAGGACGGUCAUCCUCGAUCAAGUGACAACAGGUCGGAGCCUCGCGCCUUGGGGCAAAACCGAUCCGUCCUGAAUCCUACUCUAGUGCUCGGGGACACGACAUUGUCUGCUCCGUUAGCUGGUUAUCGUGACAACGGGGACAGUGAUAGACCUUUUCCCCAAAUCACAGCGCACAAUGGAGGCACUUGGCAGUUGUUAAAUGAUGAUAGUGUCUCCAAUACCGCAAAUGGUGGACAGCGACCAGCCAUUAAAGCCGAUGUGAAUGAACUGACGCGUCCUCAUGAGCCGAGGCCAGCCGAGGCUGUAAUCUUCCGAGGGGAUAAUUACAUGACACAAUAUUAUGGAAGUACUAAUCCUACUAGUUUGAUCGCUCAUUUUCCUGAGCUCCGUUCAUACAUGAAGGAGACGAUCAAGCAUCAUCCCUCUUUGCCUGGUGUUCAGAAAGAGCUGAAGGCUUUGGACACCAAAUGGAAAUACGAGAAGUCCAGUGUUCCGUCGGUAAAAGAGGCAGACUUGUUGCGUUUGCUGCCAGACCACACGUAUAUGGACGCGGCUGUCCAGCUGUAUUUUGAUACGUUCGAAACAGUGUACAGAAUUGUGCAUAGACCAAGCUUUUUGGAAGAAUAUGACCAGUUGCGGAGCGAUCGCGGGGAUGCAAAGCCUGGAUUUAUCAUUCUGGUUUUACUGGUGAUGGCUACCGUCUGCUGCACAACAACAACUGAUAGAGCUUAUGUCGGGAGCAGCAGUCUCGGUCGGGAACGCGGAACACUAUGGAUUGAAACCGCGGAAGCGUGGCUAGAGAAACAGAGCAAGAAAAAUAUUUAUUUGUUGAUAUGGCAGAUACGCUGCCUACUCGUGUUGGCAAAACAGAUGUGCCGCUACAAGAAGAAGCGCAUGUGGUCGGUGGCAGGUGACUUGGUGAGAGAGGGAAUGGUGGCUGGUUUUCAUCGUGACCCGAGCCGUCUAGGAAGCAAGAUUUCAUUUUUUGACCAGGAGAUUCGACGGCGACUGUGGGCAACAAUGGUAGAGUUGGAGCUUCAAGCUUCGAUUGAGCGAGGAAUGCCGUCCACCUUAGCAGCGACCCGCAUGGACUGUGCCCCUCCUCUCGAUGUCGAUGAUGAAGACCUGAGACCCGAAUCCGAGGCUCCUCGAGGGCGCAGAGCUUCAGGAUACCGCACUACGACAUUGUUUUUGCGCUCAUCUCGCAAUAGCUUAGACUUGCGUGUCUCCUUGAACUCGCGGGUGAAUGACCUGACAUUGGAUAUGACACACGAGGAAACCCUCAGAUACGACGACAUGAUCAUGAGCGAGCUUCAAAGGCUUCCACAGCCAGUGGAGGGUAAUCAUGAUACCCGUGCAAUAGGUCUUUCCCAGAUGGCAAGGACUGUCUUGGAUCUUCAGCUCCGGCAAUUCCUAGUCUUGUUACAUGCCCCCUUUGCCCGAAAGGCCGAGGCCAAUUCCCGAUACGCAUUGUCAAGAAUGAUAUGUUUCAACGCGGCAGCUAGCAUGAUUGAUCAGCAUUGGCGGCUGUCACGCGCUGGAAAUUCUAUACUACUGCUUCUGAGACAUGACUAUUUUCGAGGAGCAUUUAAUCUAUCUCAUUACGCAUAUGUUUCGGGCACCCGGCCCGACCCAUUUGUCCCAAUCGACCACAACACAAUAUUGCAAUAUAUUCAACACGCUCUCUUCAUGUUGGAGGACAGCAUCACCUAUAUUGGAACGGGAUUUACAUAUCACUGGUACAUUUCUGCCGGGAUAUCCUUUCUCAGAUCACUGUCGCAGUCAGCAGAAUCUAGUACGUUUAAGCAGGAAGCGAUUAAUCAGGUUGUAAAGCAGUAUUACCGAGUGCUUGCAUCUCAAGAGACGUUCAUUCAAGCGAGAGCGAAGAUAUAUUCCCCGCAACUCAGCAAGGAAACUGAUUCAUCGACCAAGUACCAGUUCACCAGUCACAAUGUGGCAGAAUCGGUGGAGGCGUCUUUGAGCGAUGCUGGAUUUCCACAGUUUGACCCGACCGAUGAGCCGCUGGAGGAAUACUUCUUUGGUGAUCCCGCUGCAUGGACGUUCGACAAUCUCUGGGAGAUUCAAUAGCCUAAGCUAUUAUUCAAUAAUCAGGAACGAUUACCAGACCUUCCGCGUAAUCUAGUCUAAUUUAGGUAUUUCCAGGUAUCCGUCCUAUUUUUCUUUUCUGCUCAAGGGGAUACCCACGAAUCCAAGAAGAAAUAUUCGGCCUAGUGGGAAGGAAUAGCCCUGGUCCUGGCAGUAUUCAGACAGCUUAGAAUAGCUUCUCACAUUGCCACAUUCCCCAUCUGCUAUGACUUCUCCUUAUCUAUUAAUAGUUAACUAAA